AUGUGCUACAUUCAAGCCGAAAAAUUAGUGAAAUUAGUGUCACUCUCGCCCACCAUACACAUUGAAAUCUCCGAGCACACUUCACUUAACUCAACUAAAGGUGUCAUCUACUCCAACGAUUUGCGCGGUAUAAAAGAAGAAGAAAUCCUCGAUGAAUUAAAAACCCAAAACGUAUCAGAAGUGAAGAAAAUACUUAAAAAGGAAAAUAACGACUCACUGAAGGAGACUGGUCUAAUCAUACUCACUUUCUCUUCAAUAUCUCUGCCAACUGAAAUGUCAAUAGGCGAAGACAACGAAGAAUGUGUAAACAUAAAGAGCUGCGUCAACUGCAAAGUAAACGACAUCCAAACCUACAACCACAACUCAUACGACAAAAAAUGCCCUAUAUUCGUACGUGAGAAAGAGAUUCAAGCGAUCAUAACAUUGGAAAAGGUUGACAGAAGGAAAGCAAUAUCCACUUACAAAGAGCGAAAUCAACAUAGCGGACCAUCUUACUCAGCUGUCACCCGGAACAACUCUGCUCUAUACGCACAAACACAAGAAUCGCCCGCUCAAAGUAGCACCGUCGCCAAGCCAAUAAAUCAGCAACGACAACGAAGAGAACUAGUAAGUUAUGAAAGCUUACCUUCAGACGACGACGUCACUCCUUCAACAUCGAAGCCUUUGCCUAAACCCACCACACAGCGUUUAACCGAAACAAAAAUUAAAAUUUUUCCGAGAGGUAUUUCAAACAAAAUGAAAGCCAAACUGAAAUUACAGCACUCUGCAACUCGCAAUUCCAAACCACCAAAACCAACCAAACACGAGCUCGACGAUUCAUCUGAAUCUACAACAAUGGAACUGCAACAUGAGGAAGUCCUAUAG